AGCGGAAGUCUCGCCUUUCUCGCGCUUUCUCUUCGGAGGCGGACGCAUCGCGGAGGCGACGGGAGCUUUCUGAGAGCGCAGCCACCGCCAGCCACCAUGAGCCUCCUCAACAAACCCAAGAGUGAGAUGACCCCAGAGGAGCUGCAGAAGCGGGAGGAGGAGGAGUUUAACACGGGCCCACUAUCCGUGCUCACACAGUCAGUCAAGAACAACACCCAGGUGCUCAUCAACUGUCGAAACAACAAGAAACUCCUGGGCCGCGUGAAGGCUUUUGACAGGCACUGCAACAUGGUGCUGGAAAAUGUGAAGGAGAUGUGGACCGAGGUCCCCAAGAGCGGCAAGGGCAAGAAGAAGUCCAAGCCAGUCAACAAGGACCGCUACAUCUCCAAGAUGUUCCUGCGUGGGGAUUCAGUCAUUGUGGUCCUGCGGAACCCGCUCAUCGCUGGCAAGUAGGGGCUUCCUCCCUGCCGCCAAAACUCACUCCCUCAUCCUGCAAAGACCUGGCUGUCCACAUGAAAACAAUAAAAUCCUGUGUUUUUUCUAGUGG